UAAGAUGCAAAAGGCAUUUUUUAAAGAUGUAAAAUUUUAUAUUUUCUGUUUUGCAUCUCCAAAUUUGCAUCUUUGCUCUCACUAUCUCAUCCAAGUCGCCUCUCUGUUUUCGCGCACCCUGCUCAACACGUCGGAGCUCGAUCGAUCAGCAGGCCGGAGUUGACCGCCGGCGGCGUGCCCCGUGCGACCGCGGCCCCUCGGGCCACCGCGAGCCAUUCCCAUUCCUGAAUAAAGAAAGAGGAGGAAGAGAAGCCGAGUUCCUCGAAUGGUAAGCAGGCGUUGACCAGAACAGAGUGGAUCACAUCGCCACCACCACCACCUGAUGAUUCCACGAAAGAUAUACACAUCCCAUCCGAUCAGAUAGCUUAUCAUCUUCCAUACUUUUAGUUGUUGAUGCGGAGAUAGAUAAGCGGCCGUUGACUUUACCUGGCGCGCGCGCGGCGGGCCUCGGCUCAGCUCAUCUCGCUCGCGGUCGCCGGAGCCGGAGCCCGGACGAGGACGGACGCCGGGGCCGGGGGGCGGGGGCAUGUGAAAUGGCGGCGCUGGAGAUCGCCUUCGCCGCCAUCAGCGUCGCGGUCAUCAUCGCCAUUGCCUACUUCCUCCACACGUGCUCGCGGGAGGCCACGCCUGUGCCGAUGCCGCCGCCCCCCGGCGCGGAGGAGGCGGCCGCCGCCGCCGGCGACGUCGAGAUGCAGGCCGGGAUGGACGAGGCCGCGAUCAGCGCGCUGCCCAAGGUGGUGGUGCGCGGCGGGGCCGGGGAGGCGUCGGCGUCCUCGUCGUCCACGAGCUGCGCGGUGUGCCUGGGGGAGUACGACCGGGGAGACGUGCUGCGGGUGCUGCCGGACUGCGCGCACUCGUUCCACCGGCCGUGCGUCGACCAGUGGCUGCGCCUCCGCCCCAGCUGCCCCGUCUGCCGCACGCCGCCGUCUACGCCGGCGCCGGCAGCCCCCUCGCCCAGCCAAACGUGAUUUUUUUUUUCUGAAACUCUCAAGAUGUAAAGCAAAGUGUAUGUACAUUUCUGUAUACUUCACUGCAAAUAUUUGGAUGGUCGUAGGAGCAUCGCCAGCACA